UGAAUGUGUUAAUUGUUUCUUUUUUAUGAAGCUGAGCUCUGCUUCAGACUUUAAUAGACAAUAAUAAACUGUCCAAAUAUUUUAACCUAAAAUAAGAGUCUGCAUACCAACACUUCUCCUAGACAAUAUAUCACUUUCAAACAAAAAAAAAUACCCCGUGAAUGUGUGUAAACUCUAGGCUAAUUAGAAAUACGGUCUAGAUAUAUAUAAUGAAGGCUUUGGCUCCAGGAAAAGCAAAGCACCGCCUGGAAUUCACGUGUCAGUAUUUCAAAUCAACAGAGAUGAACGCGGCCUCAGUUCAGCCUCUUUGGCACAGCUCCCUGGGUUAUUUAAAAUCUGCUGGAAAAAAGAAAAAAAAACUGCAGCGCUGACAUUUAAGCUCUUCUUAGUGAUGAGUUCACUUGUGUUUCUUAAUUUUAUUACACUCUUGCUUUUAAUGACCCCGCUGGUUUUAUGGCAGUUCAAUAAGUUGGGGGAACUAAUAUUAAACCAUAUGCUAGAAAAACAAGCGAGAUACCAUAAACGCAAUUUAUUGUUCUGUAAAUACUUUUAUUGGGAGAGUGUAAACCGAAAUCUAAAGUUAUAGGAGGACGUUCCAUGUCAGCUGAGAGCGUGUCACUUUCCCAAAUGCUUUAAUUGGUUACAUGUUUAUCAACUUGGCUUCGGACGAGGUGUAAAACAGCGGCGCAGAGUGAGCUGACUCCAUGAUUGCCUUUUUUUUGCCUCCCAGCGGCCCCAUUUCUCUGCGUCAUGACUGAUGGACAAAUAAGUUAACUUCGUGACGUUUGAAAUAUGUAGCCAAUGUUAAGUGCAACAACAAAACAAGAUUCCUAACAUUACAUAUAUGCUGAUUGUGAAGGCUUCCUUAUCGAUAGUAGCAUGCUUCUUACUAGGCUUGUGUGUGGAUGUGUUGAUUGGGUUAUUUGUCUAAGUCACUUCUGUCAUAGCACUGAGGCAACGUGUGGAAAAUGAAGGUGGUUUGCAGAUACUGUCUCCAAUUAACACGCUGUCUGGUUGGCAGACCGGGCUACAGGGUGGAGGCCCUCCGAAAAUUAAAAUUCCCACAGCCUGCGGUCUAUGGAGAGGCCAUUUUGACACACAAAAAAAUAUCCCGAGCAUCUGUGACGCCCCACAUUAUCAUUUCUACUCUAGACAUGUCUAAAACACUGCGUAGCACGUGUAGGAUUCUAAUAUUGAAACCAGAAUGCUUUACAAUUGAACGGUCACGUGCUCCUCAGAGGCACUUUUUCCAACAUUCAGUGCUCCAUCACUUAAAUGAGGCUGAACGCUAGGCUGUUCCCCGUGAACACCAUUCAUUUUGUAAUGACUAAAGCUCAUUCAACUCAAAUCUCAAAUACCAGUUGAAACUUGCAGAAACCCAGGUUACUUGAUGAUCACAGGUUAACACAUUAACCUUUACUAAAGUGUACAGCCUAUCAGUCUGGUCCUUACUGGGUCGCUGUUAUCCAACGGAAGGUAUCCAGAUGAGCUGCAAAUCGGUCCUUUAAGACGGAAAAACAGAGGCAUGUGGUGAAUUCAAGCUCAAAGGCCAAAGCUGUGCGCCAGAGUCGAGGCUGAUGUUUAAAGGACUCUUGUUUUGUUUUGUUUAUAUUUGCUGCUGAUCCUGAAAUGAAAGUGGUCAGCUUCUCAGUCUUACUCAUCAUAUCCCCUAUGUUUCUGCUAUAGCUUACCUUCAUCCUUGUAAAUAACUGCGUUACCCCCAUAAGGGUUGCCAUAAGCACUGUACUUCAUGUUUAAUCGUCGUAAAUAACGGUGUUAGCUGUAGUCUCUGUGCGACGGAGAGAUCGGAUUUAUAGCCUCUGCUAGCAGCCCGCCACCCCCAAAAAGUCCAAGACUCCAGUCUGCGUUAAUUGUAAAGAAAUAAAGACUUACAGUCCCGGUGACUUUCAUAAAGGUCAGCAAGAAGUCAGAUGUCUGGACUCACUGCAGCCUGCUGCUCUUGUCUCCUCAUUCAAAGCCCAGUGACUGAUUUUAUCCUUCAAACGCUGCUGACUGAAAGUCUUUGACCACAAGUGGACACCACCGGGAGCUCCGGCACAGACCAGCAGAGCCACCUACUAUUCCGUUACAGAAGAAAGCUGCAACCGGCGUCCAACCCCAGUCCCCGGUACCACUGCCGAGCUCCGGUCCGAGCUGUGUUUACUCCUGGCAGCCUGACCGCUGAGUGAGAAGCGCCCUUUACCCGACCGGCAGGAAGCCUGCAACAGAUUCACUCUCGUUUACGGUCCGCUCCACCACAGGCCAUAUAUCAGCCCUAUAAAACCAAAGCAGCCGCCCUGAUCUGGGAUUUUAUUAUGGUAUUAAACGGACCCCAAAAAAGUAGUUGAAGUAGUUUGCGCUGUAAAGACAAGGGGCAUAACCACACAGGGCCCGAUUUAAUGGCGCUCGUUAACAGAAAUGACUGUUAAUCUGCCAAUAAAACAGUGUCAGGCGGCUCUGCAGCUCACAGAAAACCUUCCAAGUAGUUUCAGAAAGCUGGUGAAUAAUUAAACACACCUAGGCGUGAAUUUUACUGUCUAUCUUGUCUUGGAUACAAAAUAUCUCUACUGUUGACUCGACUGGCGCGUAUACUAAUGGUGUUCUCAGUGUAGACUGAUGUUGCGAUUGAUUUAAGUGAUUGCUUGCACACAAUUCAGCAAGAGUGGAUGUGCUCCUGGUAAUGCGUUUCCUGCGCUUCACAUUGAAAUGCGCGUGCAUCUAUUUUGAUUAGGCUAAGAAUGAAUAAAUAAAUCCUACACAAAAAUAAUGGCGCCACUUAUUUGUCAGCCAUUGUCUCCGCUGUGCAUUUCAGCAUUUUAUGCAUACUGUCCAGACCAAGCAGAACUGAACGGCUUUAUGUCAUUGAAGCUUGACAGCAGCCAUAGAUACACAGACCAGAUACACGGAGGAACGGUUCAUUUUGCAUAUUGCAUAUAAACAAGACAAUUUAUUUAGAAGGGAGGCAAUCUAUUAAAGAGAGAUAUCGUUUUGUGCGAAAGCGAGAUAGAGAGAUAGAGAGAGAGAGAGAGAAAGAGAGAGAGAGAGAGAGGCCAGUGUCAGGUUUGAUUUACACUCCAUUGACGCUUUAUCAAGCUCGGAGAAAAAGUCCGGCCAAUCAGUUUGCACCUCGCGCAGACUUGACAAACCCCCGCGCAAAGUGCGAGACUGUAGGGUAUAGCACUUUGUUUCGCUAUAGUGAGCAAGUUGUUUGGGAGGAAGGGGGCUAGUGUUGGGAGAGAGACAGUGGAAGGGAGGGGGCGAGCCAGCAAGACAGAGAGAGAGAGAGAGAGAGAGGGAGAGGGAGAGGGGGGAAAGAAAAAUCUCCUAAUGUGCCUCUUCUUGUUCUCCAUUUAGUGAACUGGCGGCGUUUCGCAGAUAAUGUCCGAGAAUGUCCAUUUCUGGGACUUUGAGCAACUAUUACGUGGACUCCAUCAUAAGCCACGAGAGCGAUGAACUCUCAACCCCGGCUCGCUUUCCCAGCGUCCAGUAUUCCGGCUCGAGCUCCGCUGCAGCCGCGGGCGGAAGGCAGCCCGGCGGCGCGGCGCACACGGAGCAUCCCCAUCCAGAGUCGUACCCAUCCUGCAGCUUCCAGCCGAAGCCUCCGGUCUUCUCGUCGCCCUGGAGCCCAUUCAGUCCGCACCACGGUGCCAGUGGCCUCCCUACGGUCUAUCACCCGUACAUCCCAGCCCAGCACGUUCCUGCCGCGGACACACGGUACCUACGCUCAUGGCUGGACUGCGCGCCGCGCGGCUCCGAGUCUGUCCCGGGGCAGGGCCAGACGGGGCAGGUCAAGCUGGAGCCGCAGCUCGGCCAUCUCGGUGGGGAGAUCUCACCCAAAGUCGGCGGACAGCACCAGCACGAGACCACCACGUACAUCUUGGAGUCGACAUCUACGGCUGCGCGCGAGCUAAGCCACCAUCCGGUCGCCAUCCCGGGGGCAGGGUUCGAAGAAAAUAAGGACAUUUGUGAAGGGAGUGAGGACAAAGACGGCCUGGAUCAAAAUGACCCCUCGGCCAACUGGCUACAUGCGCGCUCCUCCAGGAAGAAGCGGUGCCCUUACACCAAAUACCAGACGCUCGAGCUGGAGAAGGAAUUCCUGUUCAAUAUGUACCUCACGCGGGACCGGCGGCAUGAGGUGGCGCGCGCGCUUAACCUGACUGAGCGGCAGGUGAAGAUCUGGUUCCAGAACCGGAGGAUGAAAAUGAAGAAACAGAGCAAGGACCAACCCAAGGACUAGCGGGACACCCACUCGCGCGCGCACAUACCCAUUCAGACGCACAUGCACGCAAGCUCACACCAUGUAUCCAACCUAAAGUCCCAAAUGUCUUUUGUCUACAACACAAAAUGGCCUUCCCAAGAACAGCAAAACUACACACCCGCAUCUGCUGUUUCCAAUUUGUUUUAACCUCCAGGCACUACCACGUGAGCUUCAGUUCAAUCACAUCGAUUUCUACAACUGAUCAAUGGCUUUAUUGAUCGCUGACAGACGUUGAGGACGUCACCACGCUGAAGUCUUAGGAAGGUCGGAAACGCUCCAUCUGAUGUUAGAAGGAGGCUGAAACUUUGGAAACAUUUGAGUUUGUGGUCAUGGAGAAUGAUGGAGAAAAACUCACAGACUAGCAGCUAUUCCCCCUGGACCUCAUCUCCUUUAAAUGGGUCGGUAAAACUGCGGACUGGACUGUUCGUUUGAUGAACUGAUGGCUCUUGUUAGUUUCAUAGUUCUAUAUUACGUUAUUAUUUAGGCUUUGAUAAUAGGCUACAUUAUGGGAGGGAACAAUGCAGCAAACCGCACAGUAACGCAACAACAGAGAGAGAGAGAGAGAGAGAGAGAGAGGGCGGGGGGUAUUCUUUUUUCUCAAGCUCCGGGCCUGCUCCUUCUUUUAUUAGUUAUUUAUUGUUCCGUCGCUGACACCGGAGAGGCGGAGGUGCUGAAACCAGGGUUUCACGCGGCCAUUAAUAAGCACGAGGAACGAAGGGGGAUGCACACACUGAUUUUCAUCCUUCUUUUUCUUCUUCUCCUUUUUUCGUGUUCUACUCUCAUUGCUGGCAGAAUUUGAUUAGAAAGCGCCCGAUGGCCGGCGCUGAUAGCAGCAAGCCACCGUUUGUUUCCCGGCUGUCGGCCUAAGUAAUGAGCAGAUACCGGAGGGGGGCGGGGAGGAGGGUGGGAAGUGAUGGGGUGUUAACCCGACUCAGCAACCGGGGAUCCGAUUAGGCUGCUGUCGAUUUCGUGGAUCCCCGCCCUUCAGCUACCUCUCUGGAUGCUUUAUGCGCUGCAGCUCAUCUGCGGCCUUUAUCGGCCAUCAAUAGCGGGGACGGCUCCGGAAAACAAGGGCCUGGAGUUAGCAGGGUUUAUCUGAGAGGAAACACAGCACAAAGCAAACCAAUUUUAAAAUCAUAUUCACCCUUCUUGAAACUAUGCUCCAUGCACCAAUAAUCAGUUUUGGCCGAAUCUAAGUCAGAUUUAUCCAGGUGAAGUAAGCCUUGACCCCCACCACACUGACCUGAAUUUACUUCAGAUGAUACUCCAAAUAGUUUUGCCUGCUUCUUCUCUGUACGUGCUUUCUCACCAGACACUCUUAAACAGCAUUUAAAUGUGUAAAUAUGUGUCUCAAAUUGGUGUUAAUUAGACUGGUCAGUGCAACUCCUCCAUGGCUGCUAAUUAGUUUAGUUUACUAGCAGUUUGCAGUAAAGAUGUAAAAAUGGCAAUUCCAGAUUCUAGUGCGCACAAAGUCCCUGUGCGCGUGUAGCACUAGUUUGCGCCCGCAGACUCAAAAACCUCUAUCCUCUCGCUCACCACCUUUCAGUCUUUAUUCAGUCUUUCAUUACAUUUCAUUUUCAGAAAGAUUCAGCUCUAUUUUUAUACAUACAAUGUUGUGUAUUAUCUGCUAUGCAAGGCGGGUGUCCCUCUCAUUUCAGGAAACAUACAGAUAGUGUGCGUCACAGCGGUUUCCAAAGGCAAACUAGGACUGAAGAAAGAGCGUCGAUUUUGAAAUUAAUUUUU